AUGCAGGGUGUUUCCUUGUUGGCUCUUAUCGCCGUCAGUUCCUUUAUGUACCUAUUAACAAAUGCCAACGAACUUCAGACGAAUGUUUCAUCGUCACAAUGCAAGGGCUCUAAAGGAGAGAGAGGAAGUAAAGGCGUAAAUGGUAUGGGUAUCCCUGGGAUAACUGGCCCCAGGAGUCCCAAAGGAUUCAAAGGUGAUAGGGGGAUCAGAGGAACAAAAGGAAAGAAAGGAAAUGCUGCAAAUAUUGACCCAAGACAGCUGGCUAAUUGGAAACAAUGUGCAUGGAAAUCAUUAACGGAUAAGGACAGUGGAAAAAUAAAGUCGUGCUCAUCAUGUGGGAUGCCAGGACUGCCGGGAAUGCAGGGAAUGCCUGGAUCCAACGGAAUACCAGGGACCCCAGGGGUACCAGGCUCAUCAGGUCCUUCGGGUCCGCCGGGAAGAAGCGGCGACACGGGGGAAAAAGGUCGGAAAGGAGAUGCAGGAUCCCCAGGACAACCUGGCUCAAGAGGCCUCUGGGGGCACAAAGGGCUGACUGGAGAAAAUUAA